AUGUUGUUGUCUCAUGUGUCGAAGCAGCGAAAGUCCCGCUUUAAAGAGGUUUCUGAAGCUCUCUGACUUUUAAAAGAUCCGUCAGCUGGCAGUGUUUUGGGUCGGUUGAUGUUUUUACGUUUGAUUUUAAACUGAGCUCCGCCUGUUUGUGAAUGGCUGCGGCUAACUGUCGUUAGCUAACAGUGAUGUCCUCGUCGUGGACGGAGCGCCAGGGACAGGUGGGAGACCUGGGACACCAGAGCAGAGAAGAGCUCCAAGAACUGCUGCUCCGGCAGGAGAAGAUCCUCUCUAACAAGAGGUUAUUACAGACUCUUCCUGACAAAGGGAAAAAGAUAAAAGAGUUUGCAGAGAAAGUGCGUCUUGCCAUCGAGCACCACAGUGAAGAGGAGCGGAGACGGAGCUUGGUGUCCGCUGCCAGGACAGAGCUACAGUCCAAGUACCAGCAGGCUUUCACAAACCGACAACAACGUGCCGUCUCCACCGCGCCGGCAGCAUCACACCAAAAGCGGCAGAAUGAGGCCGCCGCAGGUGACGCCGUGCAGGAGAGGGAGACGUCACCUGUCUCGGCUCAUGUGCAGGAAAACACCACUUUGGACGGGCAACAGGACCGGUUUGUCUCCAGAGCGGCUGCUGUUGAAACCAUGGAGACGGCCGCCGCUGGGGCCUCUCUGAACUCUGAUGAGACAAAAGAAGGAGACCUUGCGGAGGCCUUGGAAAGGGUCACAGUGUCUGAAACUAGUACUGGUUUCAGUAGCGAGUCCAAAGACCCAUUAAACAGCAGGGCCAGAGACAAUUACUUUCUCAGACAGCAGAUACCAAAAAAGCCUCACUAUGUAACUGUCCUGGAAAAGACAGAGACGCCUUCAGCUCCCAGGAAGCAAAAAUUCAAACCAAACCAGCUGCCUCAUAGAAAUGACACCUCUCCAUCAGGAUCCUCGUCACCUGGUCAGUCCUCUGAAGGCUCAUCGCCGAUUUCUGCUCAGGCCAGGAGGGAGCGAGACAGGAAGCACCUGGAUGACAUCACUGCAGCCAAGCUCCCUCCUCUUCACCACAGUCCAGCCCAGCUUCUGUCUCUGGAGGAAUCAGCCAUCCUGGUGAAGGAACAAACCAAGAAGCAGCAGGAGUUGCAGGCCAAGCUGGCAGCCCAGAAACUGUCUGAGGGACUGAAGAUCUCUAUGGGGAGCUACACUCCUGACGGUGGCCCCAUGGCUGCCUACAGAGAGGUUCACGACGAAGGAGCCCAGCUCUCCUCAGAGGAAGACUGAUCCUGGAAGGCCAGCUGGGGGAACCAGUGCGACCUUGGCCCUGAGGGAAAGAGGCUUUGGACCUUUGCGAUCAGGACCCAUCAAACAGGAUUUUCGCUCCAAGGGCAAGAAUUCUUAAGAGAGGAAAAGGGUCUUUGCAUGGUGUGAAGGAUUAGUUGGUAUCCCAGACUCAGCUCAGGAAAUUGAAUGGCAGGUUGAGAAACUAGCUUACUUAAUUGUCAUGCAGUUCGAAGUGGGUUCAGCUGUUUCAGUGUCCGGCAGGAAUAAUAAUAUCUCCCACAGGAGCCUCAAGUGGUAAAUUUGAAGCGUGUAUUAUGAGGCGAUGUUUCUCAUCAGUGUACUGAAGCUGAUGGCGGCGCGGCUUCCUGAACCCGGGAGUGUCGUACUGUUUUGGUGUGUUAAUAAUUAUAUGCACUUAAAGCUCACGAGGAGGUGGAGCAGACUGUUUUAGCUCAAUGUUCACAGCUUUGUCUGCAGAUAGUUGCGUCAGUUUUAAAUGUUACAGAAUGUGUAACAGAACUGAAUAAAUACAUCUGAUUUCCCAAAUG